GUGCCCGAGGCUCUGCUUGCCGCGGAGCCUGUCAGCGGGGAGCGCCGCCUCCUGGCGGAGCUGGUCGGGCGCUCGAGCCAGUGCGUCUGCCAGUGCGACUGCCACUGCCACUCGGAGGCCGCCGAGGGGAUCGGGCUCUCGGCCCUGCUCGGGCUCCUGGCGCUCUUCUCGGUCAUCGCCUUCACGCUUGGCUUGCUGGUCGGCUGCAGCUUCGGGCGCCGCAGCUCGGGCGCCUCGCCGGUUGUGAGCGACACGGGGUCGGCCAAGCCAGGCGAUCGGGUCCUCGUCUGCUACUAUCAGGACGCGGGCGGGGCGGCGGUGGAAUGGCAUGAGCGGAUCCUGCUCGGCCACAUCAGCGGCUCCAAGUGGGUCGUCGUCUCCCGGGACUGGGACAUCUUCGAGGAGGACUUCGCCGAGGCCGACGACCUGAAGCGGUUCUUGGCCAACGGGCAGGCGCCCGCUGUUGUGCGCGCGCUCUCUCACUACCUGGUCGACCACUACCGCUUCGGCCAGGACAGGCAGUACUACAUGGACACGGGGGAGGCUCUCGCGCGGGGCCUUCGUCCCGCCGGGGCUGCUGCUCCUGCGGCUACGCCGGCCGCGGCGGGCGCGGGCGCCGGGCCCGCCGCGAAGUGGCGCGCGAUGGAGGUUCGUGGCAGUGUGGGGCUUGGUGACGCCCUCACCGCCGCGCCGGGCUCAGUCGAGUUCGAGUCCAACGAUCGCUGUAUCUUCAAGCUGAAGGACGGCACAGUUUUGACCGGAGGGCUCGAGGGCACGCUGCCUACGGGCCCCGCUGCGGGGGGCGAGGGCGACUCCCGCAUCCUGUCCGCCAAGCGGGACGCCCAGCAGCGCUAUCGCCGCUCCUUCGCGAGCGCGCUGCAGGACAUGAAGCCCGCCGACUUCGGCAAGAGCUGGGAGAUCGAGGGUCCGCGCUCGACGUACUUCACGGCUGAGCGGAUCUACGAGGGCAACCACAGCCCGGUCCAACGGCACUACUGGUGGCGCUCUGUGAUGGGGCUGUCGGCGACGGACGUCGGCGUGGACGAGCACUUGCUGUUGUCCCAGCUCCUGGAGGUCGGCAUGACGAUCGAUCAGAUGCAGGUCUGCAACCUGGCGACGUUCGAGCUCGUGAGCCGGCGUUAUCAGAUGUGGGAGAGCGCCUACAAGGAUCUGCUGCGAGAGGUGGACACGGGCGGCUCGGGCGGUGACGACUGGCUGAGCGAGCGCUCUCUGUUCUUAGGCGUGAAGAACUUGAGGAGCAGCGCCAUCGUCAUGCCCGAGCUGGAGGACUACGUGGCGAAGGAGCUGGCGGCCCGCGCCGCCGUGCUGAAGGAGCGCCGUAAGGGCUUUCGUGAGGGGUUCAGGGCUGGCAGGCGGUGCCACCCUGAGGCGUUUUCAGCUUCGCAGCAGAUGAGGCAGCGCGACGUUCUGCCGAUCUCCCUGGCGGCCGCCUCGGAGAUCUGCGCUGGGGGUGCCAGCGGGCUGGGCUUGUCUCAGAGCCAGCGGCGGCGGCUUCGACGUCGACGCGCUCAGGAGGGCUGGCUGUUCGAGGGCAUCCGCGCCUUGAACGAGCUGGGCGCCCCGGAGCCGCUGGCGACUUCGCCUUCGUCUUUGACUUCUGCUCAGGUCUCGACCGUUCGACACCUUGCUCGGCAGUGCGGAUCAGUCGCUGCUCCCCCGCCUGACUGUGGGAGCGCCCUGGGAGCGCGGGAGGCGCUCCAGGGCACGCGGCCCGGCUACGCGGAUGACGCGAUGGCCGUCGGUGCUCGGGCGAACUUCGAGCGAGGGAACGCGUCGCUUCCCGCGGGGUUCUCUGGGCGAGUUGCGCUGAGUGAGUGCCUGCCGCCUGCCCUGCAGUCUGCGCUUGAAGAUCGGUCAAUCCUACUUUCUGAGGACGAG